UCACUUCCAGGCAUGAUGGAGUGUCGUGUGUGAUGUGCGUGUGCUGAAAAUGGCCGCGUAUAUCGAGGUCUUCUGAGUUUACUGAUCCACGGCCGAUAGCUUUGCACGCUUUACUUUAUCUAUUACACGUUAGUGUAAUCUCUAACAAGACCUGUUGAUACAUGUCAAAUUCGAAGGAAUGAUUGUCGUGGUUUUUUACGUUAAGGUUUAACAAAUAUUUGCGCGUUUACAAAGAGAGAUAUCAUUCGUGUACAUGGAACUUGUUUCCUUGGAUCUUCGAGUCGUGAAAGAAGGAAGGUGAGAGACGGAGGACGUACUGCAUAUUUUCAUCCCACGAACGUGUUCUCCUUCUGUUAACUUCGAUGGUCAACCAUACCAAACUGCUACAUUUUAAUAAUGGGUUGCAUUUUCAAUAUGGAUAUUUAUAUUAGUUUAUAUCAAGGUACUCAUUAAUAAAUGAGCGAAAUUAUAGUUUAUCAAGAUGCGGGAGAGGUCUGUUAUGAUCCCCUGGUAUCCAGUGGGGAUCUAAAUUAAACAAUAUAGCAAAAGAAUAAAUUGAUUGCUAUAUAAAUCAAGAUGAAAAUGGAAGUAAAAUCAUAAUGUUCAGUCUUCAAAGAAAUGAAAUCUUUAUGUACUGAGUGAGAAUUAUACUUUCAUGCGAUAUUUGUAUUAAACUUUUGUGAUCAUAAUAUACAUAAUUUAUGUACCAAGUAUUUGAACUGUGUAUAGACAUAAUGUAAUUACAGUGCGAGUUAAGUUUAUAUACAAGUGUGUUGAUAAAGAAAGUCACUAUGUCGUUUUUAUCGAAUUUAAAGAAAGCAUUCCACUUCGGUGGCAAUGAUGCAAAAAAGAAAAAGUUAUAUAAUAAUAUUAAAAUGGAUUGUGAUCCAGAAGAAUUCUGGGAAAUGGUUGGUGAGCUAGGAGAUGGGGCAUUUGGAAAAGUUUACAAGGCACAACAUAAACAAACUCAUCAAUUGGCUGCUGCAAAGAUGUGUGCAUUAGAAGGAGAAGAUGAUCUUAGCGAUUUCAUGAUUGAAAUUGAUAUUUUAUCUGAAUGUAAACAUCCAAAUGUUGUUGAAUUACAUGAAGCAUACUUUAUAGAAGGCAAAUUAUGGAUGUUGAUUGAAUACUGUGAUGGUGGUGCUGUAGAUUCUAUUAUGGUAGAGUUGGAGAAAGCACUGACAGAACCUCAAAUAUCAUAUGUGUGUCAACAUAUGGUAAAGGGUCUGGCAUUCUUACACAAAUCCAAAGUUAUUCAUAGGGAUUUAAAAGCAGGGAAUGUUUUGUUAACAAUGGCGGGAGGUGUCAAACUUGCCGAUUUUGGGGUAUCUGCAAAAAAUAAGCAUACAUUACAGAAACAUGAUACAUUCAUUGGUACACCUUACUGGAUGGCACCAGAAGUUGUAUUAUGCGAAACAUUUAGAGAUAAUCCUUAUGAUUUCAAAGUGGACAUUUGGUCCCUUGGCAUAACUCUUAUAGAGUUUGCGCAAAUGGAGCCACCAAAUCAUGAAAUGUCUCCAAUGCGUGUGUUACUUAAGAUACAAAAAAGUGAUCCACCAAAGCUUGAUCAACCUGGCAAAUGGAGCAAGGAGUUUAAUGAUUUUAUUGCAAAAGCGCUUAUAAAGGAUCCAACAUCACGACCUACAGCCGACGAAUUGUUAAGACAUCCAUUUAUAAAUCGAAAUUUAGAUUCUAAACCAAUAAGGGACUUAUUGCUUGAAUAUAAAGCUGAUGUUGUUGAAGAGGAACUUGUUGACGAAGAAGCUGAGAAGACCAAAAAAGCAAAAAAACACAGAGAACAGUAUCAGCGUAUUGGCUGUGCAUGCGGCUCUCCUGGGCCUCGCCAGCCCCAUCAUCCCUGUACUUGUCAGGAGCAGCGUACAUCUCAGCUUCCUUUGGAAUUGGAACAACUCGGAGAUGACUCUGCAUCUAUGCGCAGUGAUGGUGAUGUUAAAGUUGCUGAGAAAGAAAAUCUUACUCCGUUACCUGUAUCCACGAAAAAAGAGGAUAGUCAUAAACGGGAGAUGAAUAGAGAUGGCGAGAAAGAAGAUAGAAAUAAGAAAUUGCGUAAAACUGAAUCUAAAGAAAAUAUGCACGCAUUAAACGAGAAAAAGCAGGCACCAAAACCUCCAGCUACAGCUGAAAAUAACGAGCGUAGGAUAUCUAGAGAUAAAGGUCCUGCGCCUCCACCUCCGUCGGUUCGCCAAGACAACAAAAAUGAUGAAAAAGAGAAUUGUGCCGAUCUGGCAAACAAAUCUAGUGCCAUGGAAUCGUUAGGUCAAAAUAAAGUUAAGGAUGAUAAACAACAAGAUCGUAAUUUAUUAUCAUCGCAAUCGGUAGGAGUAGACAUGGAACAGCAAAAACCAAAUACUAAAGAUCAGAUAAAGAUAGGACCCUCAAAUAAGAACGAUGAGUUAGACAACGUAGAUAAAACUAAUAUAACAGAAACUGUUGAUAAAGCGCUAUUUGCCUUGAGUAAAUCUAAAAGUAUCGAAGGAAAACAAAAAUUAACGGAUAAUGUAAAUAUAUUAACCAAAAAAUCAAGUUUGGAUGAAAACCGAAAGUCAGCUCCUAUCAAGCCAAGUUCGUCGGAUGAAUGGGUAAAGCCAAUGUAUAACAAACAAUCUUCACUCGAAGAGAAGAAUAGGUUCCAAUCAGAAGCUUCGAUGGAGGAACAACGCAAACAUGAAAAAUAUUUAAUUGAAGAUAAUCUGAAAAAUUUGGAACAAAAACGAAAGUCUGUAGAAGAUAAAUUGAAUGCGGUCUUAGAAAAACGUAUUUCUAUGGAUACGCAAAAAAGGAUAAGUACUACGUCCAUUGAAACAUUAAAGCAUGCGUCUGAUAUAACGAGCGUUACGUUGUCAGAAAAAAAUAGUAUGAAAGCAAGCUCUACGGAGAAUAUUAAGACAGAUUAUGGUCUGAAUAAAGUCGAAAAUAUUUUGACCAGUCAUAGCGAAGGUUCUUCUAGAAAUGAUUCUUUAGAAAACUUUUCUGACGAUUUUGAAGGUAAACAUCAGAGAAGCAAAUGGUUAAAUAAGGAACACAGAUUAAAAGGAGAUAAUAAAGAGGAUAAAAAUUAUGAACGUCAAAGUUCUGCCGUUAAUGUAUCUGUAAUAACUUCGACACCCAUCAGAAGCAGAAGUACAUCUCGAAGGAGUAGUGCAGAUAACAUAGUUGUUAUUACUGGUAAAUCUCAAAACGAACAAGAGGUACGUUCCAAUAGAUCAACCGUUCGCAUUACAGCUGAUUCUCCAGAUCCAUCUAACAGUCUUGCAAGUAACGUGAGUCAAGUUACCGUUGUCACUACACAUCCUCCAGUGUUAGUAGACGCAACAGCUACAACUCCUUUACUACGACGUUCUUCUCCUACCUCGGAGGUAGUUAUCGUUGCAAACGAAACAAAUAAAACUCAAGUUAACGAAAAUUCGACCGACGAGGACGGUUUCCCUAGUCUGGAUAGUUUGGAAUAUACUCCACAGGAACAACCUAUUAUUCUUAUGGAUACUUCCAAACGUGUUGGUAAAAAGUUAGACGAGUCUGAAGUUAUUAUCGUCAGUCCUAUUGUUGACGAAUUACAAGAUACUAGUCAUGUCUCUGUUGUUACCGUUGGCGACGAUGGAGAACGAGUAAAAGAUUCAUCGAUAAGUAAUAAACAUAACGUCGUUAGAACUGGUUCUUCGCACAGCAAUUUAAGUUCGAUCGAACAGAUAAGUUCGAAGAGCGAUAGUGGCGAUGAAAUUAGCAAGACGUCAAUGGCAGUUGCAGGAGCUACUACCGAAAUUAUGGAUCUCAAUGACGUUGAAAGAAAUUCAAAGAAGAUGAAUGGUUUAAUCAAAAGUGAAAGGUCCAUUGGUCAUCGUAUUGAAGACAGAGUCGUAACAUCGACGAAACAAAAAGAUGAUUAUGUAAAAAGUUCGAAAGAGAAACGUGUCUCACCGGAUAGUUUUGAAGGGUCAAGGUCACAGAGUGAUUCAGGAUCAACCAGAUCGCAUACACCUAGUAAGAGUAUUGAUCGUUCCGACGCCGAAUCGAUUUCUACGACGAUAAGUCAAGAUAGUCGAGGUUCGAAUAAAGAAAAUCAUUUAUCUCACGUUCAGUCUACAGAAGGUGAGGAGGAAGUUGUCCUACGUCGAAAAUCUGAUUAUAAUCGGGAUGUAUCGCGAACACCUAGAACGAAGGAAGACAUACAAAUGAUGAAUUUGAAGAAGAAAACGAGGAAACGUACUAGGAAAUUCGAAAUCGAUGGUGUUGUUGUUACAACAACAACAUCGAAGGUUAUAUAUGGUGAUGAUGAAAAUGGUAAGGUCUAUGACGAUCAAAUAUUCCGGAAACAAGAAUUACGUGAAUUAAAGAUGUUACAAAAGAUGGAACAAAAACAGUUUCAAGAUCUAUCACAAAAAUCGCAAUUUAACAAAGAUCAACAAGAGAAACGAUUUGAACAGGAAAGACAAUUGUUGGAACGUGGUGCUGAAGGAGAUUUAGAAACGCUUGCUAGACAACAAAGACAACAAAUUGAACGUGCAGAAGCUCAACAAGAAGCCGAUCUUAGAUUGGCAUCGAAAAAGAUUCGUAGCGAACAAGAGAGGGAAUUGAAACAAUUCCGUGAAGGUUUGAAACAGGAAUUGCGAUUACUCAAACAGGAGGUUGAUUUAAUGCCUAAAGAAAAAAGAAAGGGAGCUUUUAAGGUAAGGAAGGAAAAGCUUGAGGCUGAACACGAGGAAAGAGAAAAGCUUUUCUUGGAAAAACUUAAUGAAAGUCAUGAAAUGUCAUUACGAAGAUUAUCGGAUAGUCAUCGUGAAAAAAUUGCUUUAAUGGAGAGACAAUUUCUACAACAGAAGCAGCAAUUGAUGAGAGCUCGAGAAGCAGCUAUUUGGGAACUAGAAGAACGACAGAUACACGAAAGACAACAAUUGUUGAAGAGACAACUCAAGGAUAUUUUCUUCUUGCAGCGACAUCAGAUGCUGAUUAGACAUGAAAAGGAAUUAGAACAAAUGAAAAGAAUGAAUCAGAGAAAGGAAGAUGAAUUGAUAAAACGUCAAACGGUAGAGCGUAGAAACUUGCCUAAAAGGAUUCGAAACGAAAUGAAAGCGCGUGAGAUGAUGUUUAGGGAGUCCAUGAGAAUUUCAAUGUCUUCCGCGAUUGCGUCGGAUCCUGAAGCUGAAAGAGAAAAAUUGAAGAAGUUUCAAGAGAAUGAGAAAAAGAGGUAUAGAGCUGAACAACAACGAUUUGAGUUGAAGCAUUCGCGGCAACUUGAAGAAGUUAGAGCUCAGAGUGAUGCUACCAUUAAGGAAUUGGAGCAACUACAAAAUGAAAAGAGAAAAAUGCUGAUGGAGCAUGAGACAUUGAAGUUAAAAGAACAAGAAGAAGCGUAUGGCAAAGAGCUUCGGGAGUGGAAGGCACAAUUGAAACCAAGAAAACAGAGACUAGAAGAACAAUUUGCUCUUCAAUUAGAAGAGCAGGAAGCAAUUUAUGGACCUAGCGCGAUUCCAUUAUGCUUACCAGCAGACCUUCCUGAUCUUACGCAUCAUACUGCUGGUUCUACACGCAGUUCAUUAUCUUCUGUAAGCGAAGGUUGAUGCUAAAAGCAUACAGUUAUCCAAUAGACUCAGUGUUUGCUAAUGUUACUGAGAAAUAAUGAUUAUGAUUACUAUUUUUUGUAAUCGAGUCCAAGAGAGUGAUUUAAUAAGAACAAGUUUUAUUUUUCACCAGCAUUCUAUUUUGUAAUGAGGAAUGAAAGUGAAAAUAUUUCUAUGGACGCAUCAUUGUUAUUCAAGUAAUAGCAGAUUGCAAAUGCAGUAUUUGAAUUAUAUAUCAGAAUAUUAAUAAUUAUUGUUGAGUAAAGACUGCUAUCAACAAUAAAUAAUGUUAAUCAAAGUAAUCGAAUAAGCUGAUUUCCAUAAGAGUUUGGAAAAACUUUUAACCUUUGCAAGAAGGGACUUUCCAUUGAGAAAUUUACAAAUUUUCAUAAUGUAGAUUAAACAUGAUUUUUAUAUAUGUAUAUAUUGGAUGAGUCACAUAAUUUGAUUAUUUUGAAUUAUUAAUGAAUUGUUUGAUGCAUAAAUGAAUUCUUAAACAAAGAUUUAUUCAAUGUUUCUUGAAUUUGUUACAAUCAAAAAUUAAACAAUUUUUGAGUAAUUCGAGAUUAUCAAAUUAGGUAACUUAUUCGAUAUAUAUAUUAUAUAUGUAUAUAAGAACCAUUGAAUCAUGAGAUAAAUUUUUAUAGGUCGUUGAAUUUGUUUUUUAUUCUCUAUAAAGAUAUAGAAAAAUAAUGCGUUUUCGCUUAAAAAAAAAGACAAAAAAAGAAAAAAACAGAAAAAGAAAAAAAAGAAAUAAAUGAAAUAUCGACGAUCUUGAUAUAUCUCUAAAAACAAAACAAAACAAAACAAAAAUAAAGAUUUCGAAGAAUAUUCUUUUUCUUCAAACAUUAUAACUUUUUUCAGAGUUCUUUUUUUUUUAUACAUUCAUGAGUGGUGAAGAUAUUUAAAUGUUUCCAUUAAGUGCUGUACCUUGUGUGUGUGUGUAUAUAUAUAUAUUUUUUUCUUGGGAAAACUGCAUUAAAAUUUAUUGUAUGAAAGGCCUUGUAAAAUGUUGCAACUUUUUGCAUAAAGAAGUAUCAUGAAAGUUUUAAUUGCAUACUGAAGUUCAUAUUGAUAUGAUCUACUUAAUCCGCCCAAUUACUGUUCCAAAUGAGUCCAAGAAAUUCAUUUCAAAAGCCUAAAUGCAUUAUAUAAAUGCAACUUAAUACUGGUAUCAAAUAAUUAACUGUCAAUUUGAGAGGAAUCAACUAAAUAUUGAACAAUGUAUAUUUUCUAUGAUCACAUUACAGCUUGUGAUUUUAUAUAUAUAUACAGCUUGUUAUAAAGACAUUAUCACAUUUACAUUUUUUUUGAAAACUUAUAUUGUAUAAUUUUGUAUUAACUUACUCAUGGGAAUGCUAUUAGGCAUUCAUUUUUCUAUAUUUGCUAUAAUAACAAAUAAUAAUAAUAAUAAUAUUAAUAUUAAUAUAAUAUUAAUAAUAAAAUAAUAAAUAUUAAUCACACAUUGUACUUCAUAUUUUAAGGGUAUUAAAUUCGGGUCCUUGGAAUGUUUCUAUGUUAUGAGAGUCUGAGGUUUAAUGCAAAGUCUGUAGUCACCAUGUUCGACUAAAGGAGUUAAAUUGCUUGCAAAUAAAAAAUUCAGCGCAAGUACUUCACGAAGAAAUAUAUAUAUAUAUAUAUAUAUAUAUAUAUAUAUAUAUAUAUAUAUGUAUGUAUAUAUAUAUUUAAAUAAAUAAAAUAAUGCACUAGAAAUCAAAGUAUAACACCAAAUAUACAAUGUAUAAUUACUUGUUAUAUGGCUAUAAGACUUUGGAAGAUCUUUUUUAGAGAAUUUCUUUAAUGCACAUUAAAAACGAGCAUGUGUGGCUAAUGCAAGUCGUAAUUAUAAACAAAUAUUUGUACAAAAUUCUUUAUUGUAAAUUAAUUUUUCUACUCUUCAAUAAUCUUUCAAUUCAGCAAUUCUAUGUUUUCUAUUAUCGACUUAAGCAUCUUUGUAUAUAUGAAUUUAAAAUUGUUUAAACUCUAACAUUUAAAUGUGUUAAAUUUUAAAAGUAAAUCAUUUGUGGUUUUGUUCAAUGUAACUUUUCAUUGAAUACAAUCAUUUUAUUAUUUCUUCUUUUUCUUAUAACGGAAAACAAAUAUUAUUCUCAUUAUACACAUACAUACAUACAUACGUACGUACGUACCUACAUACAUACAUACAUACAUACAUACAUACAUACAUACAUACAUACAUACAUACAUACAUACAUACAUACAUACAUACAUACAUACAUACAUACAUACAUACAUACAUACAUACAUACAUACAUACAUACAUACAUACAUACAUACAUACAUACAUACAUACAUACAUACAUACAUACAUACAUACAUACAUACAUACAUACAUACAUACAUACAUACAUACAUACAUACAUACAUACAUACAUACAUACAUACAUACAUACAUACAUACAUACAUACAUACAUACAUAUAUAUAAUGCAGUUAAAAAACAAGAUAUUUGUUUAAACGUACGUGCAUUCGUACGGAUUCUUACAAUCAUAGAAAAUGCUGAAUACUUUGUUAUUUGUUACUGCAUUAUUCUACGAGAUUUGCCACACGAUUAGAAUGGAUUUUCUUUCAUAACAAUAAUAUUUAAUAUCAUCCGUGGAAUUUGCAUUUCUAAAGAAAAGAAAAAUUAAAUAAAUGCAAAUAUCUUUUGGUAUCCCUUUUUAAGAGUACUUCUUUAACAAGGAACUUUUCGAAAUCAUAAAUCUUGAAAUCAGUUCAAAAGGUGAAUUAUUGCAUAUGGUAUUAAAAAUAUGAUUUCGGUAUUAUAAAUGUAAAAAUGAUAUGUGAUAAGUGACUGUUAAGUUAGAGAAUUAAAAUGUUAUGAAUAGUUGCAGUGACUAUUGGAUGAUGUAAUUUCAAUCAUGUUUAUGCAUUUCUUUUAACAAAAAAAUUAUAAACAGAUAUAGUUGAUAGUGAUGUAUGAACAUCGUCGUUUAAUGUAUAUUUUUCACUCAAUUCUAUCAAUUAAAUUAUUAAAAAUAAAUAAAGAGGAAUAGUAUUUUGACAUUGAAAGUACACGUUUUUUUUUUAAUGUUUAUUAUAACAAAUUUAAUGUUUAUGUUAAAACAGAUAUAUCAUAUUUUUUUAUUUCAUCAGGAUAUUUGUCUAAUUCGAUAAAUUUGACGUGUACCUUCAAUUUUACUAGUGCUUCCUUCAAUGAUAACCAAAUCUAUAAGUACGAUCAAGUAUAAAAAAUAAAUACGACCGUUGUCGUUGAUAAUUGUACAUAAUUUCUAAUAAUGUAUACUCUUUAUGUACGUAUUAUGCAACGUAUGAUAAGAUAUUUGAACAAAAAAGUAAAACAAGAAAAAAUGAUAAAUAGAAAUAAUUGUUUUGCAAAAGUGAUUAGACUUAUAUAUUAUGUCAAGGAAGAAAAAAGCUGUAAUUAGAAUUAGAUCGUUUGCUUAUGUAUUAUAUUUCUUAUUUUAUAAUAACUUUAGGGUCGAAGUAACAAAUGUAAUCCGUUGUAACAUAGACUCUUAUUGUUUAUUGAUUGCUCACGAUCAAGGCGUAAUUAAGUUUGAUAUAAUUAUUAAUACUUAUAUUGUAAUGAUAUCAUUUACUUUCAUGGUAAUAAUGCGUUAUUAAGACAUAGCAUGAUAAUAAUAAUAAUAAUAAUAAUAAUAAUAAUAAUAAUAAUAAUAAUAAUAAUAAAUAAUAAAUAAUAAUAAUAAAUAUUUUAA